CACAGCACAGUCAAACGAUCGGACGCAGGACACACCUUGUAUACAGGUGGAAAGCAAAACAACAACGUACCUGAAGAGACGCCGAGAAGUCACUGCGAGAUGGAAUAUCUCAGAAUUUUAUUUCUUCUCUCUGUACUUUUAUGCAUAUUGCCGACGAAUUAUGCUAUCAAGUGUUAUCAGUGUUCUAGUGACGAGGAUCCUGAAGAUGAAGACUUGUGUGGUGCUUACAAGAGAUUUGACGAAAGGACACAUAUCCCUGUAGAUUGCUUUCAGGAUGAAUCUGUCACACCAGGCACAUUCUGCGUCAAGAUUACAAAGCAGUCUCCCCGUAUGUUCAUCUGGGAUCAACGGUGGCGUACAGUCAUCCGCCGUUGUGCUUCAGUUACAGAGACUGGUGUAACAAAUGUCUGCAACUGGGGAGUAGAUCCCAAUGGUGUCUAUUGGGAAGAAUGUUAUUGUACUGCAGAUGGUUGCAAUGGAGCCUCUGGCACAUUGGUAAGCUCUGUGGCCAUUUUACUAGGACUCGGCACAUUGUAUGUUUUCAGAGGAUAAUGUUACGUGAUUUGUUGUAAUCUGUUGUGGCACAAGUACUUACUAACAGUGGUAAUAUUUAAUGUAUGUACAUCAACUAAUGUAAUGUGGCUCAGGAACAGAUUUUUCAGUUUCAUUAAAGAAAGUCUUGAAUUUCAGUAUGUGCCGUUAUUCAUAGAUGUAUAUAAAAAAAUUUUAUAGAUUGUGAGAUAUACAACUUAAGAUAGAAUUCCAAAGGCAGUCCAAUGUUGCUAGUUAUGUCAUAUUUACGGAGAUAUAUCAAACUUUUUUGGAUAUUUGUAGAUUGUAAGAUAAGUGAAUCGAGAUUAAAUCCGUGAGCAGAGCAGUCCAAAUGAAUGUACCUGUGAUUCAGUAAUCUGAUACUAUUUUUGUAAGCAGUAAUUGAUUUUUAAAAGAAUUGUUAUUAUGUGAAAAUUAUAUAACAAAAUUUUUAGCACAAUUAUCCAAAGAGUCUGAAUAUACUGUACUCACUUUUUAUUGCUUUAUGAGUAUGGUAGAUUCUGCUGUAACUUCUAACUUUAAAUUGACGUCUGACUUUAAAUUGACGUGGUAACUAUUGGUUUUUUUAGUUAAGAACAAACUUCCAUUAGCUGUAAAGUAUAGCUUAUUGUUUGUGGUUUUUGUGUAUGUAUGUUAAAAGUAGAUAUUUCACACUUCAUCAUCCAAAUGAGUUUUGUAAUAUAAUGUAUAUACCUGUAGUGUAUGUAUGUUUAUGAGUAUACCAGAUGUAGUAAUUAUUUUUGGACUAAUGUUGCAUUUUAGGACACUGUUGUUGUUGCCUAUGGUUACUUGUAUGUUAUUUGAACAGCACAUGAUGUUUAUUUGUGAUUACAGUAUUUUGUCAGUUAUACAGUAUUGGAACCUAAAUAAUUCAGUAUUUAUUUGGAAAGUACUAAUUUUAGUGAAUCAUUUAUAUCUUCCUUUUCGCAAUAGGGAGUUUUACAAAAUUGUGAGAGUAUAUUAAUGCAGGUUACAAGCUCAAAGGACAAAGAUCUGCUGUUUGUCGUAAUUUAAGGAAUAUGAAGUAUUAAGUAGUUUAUGAUUAAUACUUCCCAAAAAUGUUACCUGCAGAAGUUUUCCCCAAAUUAUCUUUAAAAAAUAUAUGAAGAACAGGAAGUGUACGUCAAAACGAAAUAAUUUUAUUUGUUUAUGUACAUCAUGAAAUCUCAUGGAAAUACAGUAGAGUACUCUAUAUUGUUUAACAUACUUUUGCUUCUUGUUCUUCCAGUAAUGAUAAAGCACAGGUUUAGAAAGAUAAUUCUGACAAAUGACAUGGGAAGGUAGAAGAGUACACAGUGUUUUUCACUAAAUGUAUUACAUAAGAUAAUUCUGACAAAUGACAUUGGAAGGUGGAAGAGUAAAUAGUUUCGCACUAUGUAUUACAUAAGAUAUUUCUGACAAAUGACAUGGAAAGGUGGAAGAGUACACAGUCUUACACUAUGUAUUACAUAAGAUAAUUCUGACAAAUGACAUGAAAAGAUAGAAGAGUACACAGUGUUUUUCACACUGCGUAUUACACAAACUGUUUACAUUACAAGAAUGCCAUGUCAAAUACAAGAAAAACUAUCGUACAUUCCAUUCCAUAUGUUGUGAUUAUAAAACCAUGUUCAUGCUCUAUAAACUUUUUAUACUGAUGAGUUACAGUAAGUGAUACUCAACCGUCCUCUAUUUUGGAUAGACUAUAUUGAUUCUCAGAUACAGAAUAUUGUGAGUAAAUGUUACUGAUCCGUCCUUUUUCCGUCCUUGGAAUAUAGCUACAGAGCAUGUAUUUUUUACAAAUUAUAGUUAAUAAAACAUA